CUUCGACCUGGCCCUUCUCCUCUAGGUCUCUAAUAGAACCAUCUUUGAGGCUCUUGUGUACCUAGGUACUUCUUCCGUACCCCUCUGCAUCUUGCUUGCCCGGUGUAUCCAGGCCGCUUGCAUGUUCCGGCCGCAACUGGUCAAGCUGCUGGACAAAGGCGGCCCCUCGCUGCCUCCCCUGCACCCAUGCAUCGAUGCAAGUGCACGCUCGCCGUCAUCCCCAGUGCAGUCGUAUCCCGCCCGACUUCAGCGCAGGAGAAAGCUGGCCGUUGCCCCGUUCUGGUUGCCUCCUUGCCCCUCAUAGACACCCGGUGAGAGAAUGUUUGUUUGUCCACAUCAAAGAAUCACGAGCCCGGGAUAUAACUCUCUUCCCAUGCCCGUGCCUCUUCCGCUCCAGGAACUGAUCGUCGUCGCCCAGAUUUGUGCCCCCUCCUCAACUACCCCGCGCAUUGCCCCCUACUAAGCCCACGCUAUAGAACGCCCAGCUGGCGUCUGGCUUCGUGUAUCAUCACAAAACUCUUGUCCACUUCGUCCCCUCGCCUUCCAUCACCUUUAUUGCCUUACUCGCCCGGCGCGAUAGCAUUCAUCUUAGAGAGCCGAAAUAUCAGUCAUCCCAUCCUUUCACAGGGGCGUUGCUACCCUUCAAAGCUCUGACCAGAUUCUUUGCUUUUGCUGCCUUCGUUUCGCCCCGGGACGCACACCGAUAGGUUGCCCUUGGUCAACCGUGCCCGGCUUCGACUCCGAGCACGAGCCAAGAUUGCCCCAAGAGCCCAGACGACCCGGCCCCCAGUCAUACGUACACCAUGGGACGAUCAAGCUCCCGGAGGUCAAAGGGCUCGAGCAGCUCUUCCUCGUCUGGCUCGUCGGUCUCGUCAACCACGAGCACCAAAACCACCCGGCACAACGUGCCCAUCAAGUCGGGCAGCUUGGCAUGCAUGGUCUACUUCGCGGGCGGCCGCCCCAGCCGCCACUCCCAUUUCAGAAAAGAGAUCACCACGGUUGAGAAUGACUACGGCGACUACACCACGGCGUACAGCACCGACACCUGGUAUUUCGUCCGCGGCUCCUACUAUGACGACGACGACGACGGCUCCUCGUACAGCGGCAGGAGCUUCGGGAAGCCGUCCGGCCCCGGCCCCAUGGGCCCGGGAGGCCCAAUGGGGGUCGGCGGGAUGCGGCCGGGAGGCCCAAUGCCGCCCGGUGGGCUGCGGCCGGGGGGUCCAAUGCCGCCAGGUCCCGCGGGUUCUAUGGGCCCAAUGGGCCCAAUGGGUCAUCAUGCAAGGCCCGGAGUCCCUCCUAUGGGACCUAUGGGGCCCAUGGGCCCCGGACAAGGCCCGCGAGGCGGUAUGUCAAGGCCUUCGGGAACCGUCGAGGCCGUCGAUGACGACGACGAGUCCUACGACGACGACGACGACGACGACGACGACGACGGCGACGACUACAGCGAGAGCGACAGUGACGGAAAGCAGCAGCCCGGGCCCGGCCGCGGCCCGCCCCCGAUGCAAGGCAUGCCGGGUGCAAUGUUCCCAGGCCAGCGCCCGAUGCCCCCGCACAUGUCCGGCGGGCCGCCCCGGGUGCCGCCAGGCUUCCCUGGAGUCGGCGUGCCGGGCGGGCCGCCGAGGCCCCCUGGGAUGCCCAACGGGCCGCUACGACCUCCGGGGAUGCAGGCGAUGCCGCCCCGGGCCGGCCCUGGACCCCGCAUGGGCGGCCCUCCGCCGCCGCCUCCGCCCAUGGUUGGCUGAUUAACCACCAUCUCCGUUACCGACCUAUCCCAUCGUCAGCAAGACGCAAGGCGUGUUACUCAUUUUUGUGGCUCUGGAGCUCUUACAUUGAUUUUGGGGCGCUUGGCUCGAUUUGCCCCCCUCUUACUCUCCGUUUGCAUGUUUUUGUUUGCCGCGGCAGAUCAGUGUUUAACUGGGUCGACCGCUCAUGAUUAACGAUAGUAGCAUCUUUCUUUUUGUACUUGUCUCCAAACAUUCCGCCUGUACGAUAUAAGCAUCUCGGUUUUGGAUUAGGGAUUUCCAUCUCCCGUUUUCCGUCACAAGGGAAAAGGAAGGGACACAGCACUCGCCGGGCAGCCCGGUGUAAAACACCUACAUACUUCGCUAUCUAGCAAAGGAUCAUGUUUUUUUCUCAUCAGAGCACUUGCCCGACGGGACCCUCAACGACCAUGGAUUCCCC